CAUACGAGGCCGUGACGGGAGCUGCAGCAGCGAUCCCAAACGUCAAGACUCAGGAGCUUGUGUGUGUGUAUGUGUGGCAGAGGUGACGACUCAUGUUUUUGCGCAGGCACCCGGAAGCCCACUGGGAAGCUAGUUUCCUCCAUCAGCCGUGUGAGGCUGCCUGACACGCUCCCCUCCUGCUUAUAAGGCUCGCGCACCCGAUUUGAAUCCGAUUCGUCGCGGCGGCGGUUGGGACCAGAGCUAGCACAGGCUUGCAGAUGGGUCAAGGGCUGUGGAGAGUGGCCAGGAACCAACAGCUGCAACACCAAGGAUACACAGGACAAAGCUAUCUUUCCAGAGAGCAUGGUAGAAGGAUAGCUGCUAAUAACGUUUCAAAUGCAAAUCAUCGGAAACAUACUCAAGGAGGCAUUGACAUUUACCAUCUGUUGAAAACUCGGAAAUCAAAAGAGCAAGAAGGGUUCAUCAACCUGGAAAUGUUGCCUCCUGAACUUAGCUUUACCAUUUUGUCAUACCUGAAUGCAACGGACCUCUGCCUGGCUUCAUGUGUCUGGCAGGAUCUUGCUAAUGAUGAGCUUCUGUGGCAAGGAUUGUGCAAAUCCACUUGGGGUCACUGUUCCAUAUACAAUAAGAAUCCUCCUCUUGGAUUUUCUUUUAGAAAAUUGUAUAUGCAGUUGGAUGAAGGCAGCCUCACCUUUAAUGCUAAUCCUGAAGAGGGAGUCAACUACUUCAUGUCGAAGGGAAUACUGGAUGAUUCACCAAAGGAAAUAGCUAAGUUUAUCUUCUGUACAAGAACACUAAAUUGGAAGAAACUGAGAAUCUAUCUUGAUGAAAGGAGGGACGUUCUGGAUGACCUUGUGACACUACACAACUUCAGAAAUCAGUUCUUGCCAAAUGCACUAAGAGAGUUUUUCAAACAUAUCCAUGCCCCAGAGGAGCGUGGUGAAUAUCUUGAGACUCUUAUCACAAAAUUCUCACACAGGUUUUGUGCGUGUAAUCCUGACUUAAUGAGAGAGCUUGGCCUUAGCCCAGAUGCUGUCUAUGUACUAUGCUACUCUUUGAUCCUGCUUUCCAUUGAUCUUACUAGCCCUCAUGUGAAGAAUAAAAUGUCAAAGAGAGAGUUUAUCAGAAAUACACGUCGUGCUGCGCAGAACAUUAGUGAAGAUUUUGUUGGUCACCUUUAUGACAAUAUCUACCUUAUAGGCCAUGUGGCUGCCUAAAAGCACAAUUUGUUAGGGCUUAGAAUUUAUUGUUUGAAAAGAAAUUAGUUACCCAAGGAGGUGUCUUCAUUUGUAGAUAUGGGGGUUAUAUUAGUGCUGGUCAUUCUAACCUCUUUCUGCAAUCAAAACACAUGCAAAUGCAAUUUACCAUGGAACUGAAUUUUUUUUCCAGAUUUUUUUAAAAAUUUGCUUACAGUUUGCACAAAACUUUGCCAUUAGUCUGACACAUUAUCAUUUAUGAAUGUUACAUGGACAUUAUGAUUUUAAACUGACAAGAUGGUGGACUUGUGCAGUAGAUUUGCUUGAAAACUUUAACCAGUUCAUUUUUUAAAAAUGCCAAGUAAUGUGUACAUAUUUAACAAAAGAGAUUUAUAACCAUAAUUAUUUUAUUGUAAAAUAUUUUAACUAAAGUUUUUUCCUGUUUCUCUCUACUAGGCGAUAUCUCUUGUAUUUUUUUUCUUUACAUUGUGAGGGUGCUUCUUCCUGUCCAUGUUGCUGUUUUGAUAAGAGAAUCUGGUGGGUACACUCUAUAAAAGUAUUAUUCCAAGAGAAAAUAAUUCUAAGCUACCAUGUACAAACAGUAGCUUGGAAGAGAAGGAGUCUGGUGGUCUUUGUUCCUCAGUGUUUAGUGCCUAGAGCAAAUUUCUCCAACUGGGACUCAACAGGGGUGAGUAACUGUUGACUAAAUUGCUGCUGCUGACUAAAAAUAAAAAUACUUUCCAUGGCUGGCUGGGGGACUGCUUGGACUUGUAAGACUUUCUUCUGUCUAAAUAGGAUUGUGUCUCAAGUCUGUCUCCUCCUUGGGAUCUUCCAGGAGUGUAUAAGAGAUGCAGAUCAUUCUUCCUUUCUCAGUAUUACAUAUCUCAGACAUUUCUAUAAUUUGUGUCACAUCAGCAAUGAGAACUGCCUCAGCUGUAGUUCAGCAGUAGCAAUGCCAGCAGUGAUUUGAAUGAGUACAGCUGAACCACAGUCCUUAACAAGAGAAAAUACCUUGCUUAUCAUCAGUUAUAGCUGCUGUGUCCAUUUAUCCACAGAAUUUUACACACUAGAGAGGGGAGGGCUAUAUAUGUCUACAGAAUUUCAAGAAUGGAGGCCGGGGGUCCCAACUAACAUAAUGAAAUGCCAAGGAGGAUGGCAUUCUUCUACUGCUAGUGGUAAUAACAGAUGGAAUUUUAGCGAUCUUGCUUGCCUAACAUGAACCAGCUGGUAUCUUCUACAUAAGUAUGGGGUAUCUUCUACAUAAGUAUGGAAGAUAGAUCUGUCCUCCUCUGUAUUUGGUCGGUCUGUGCCAGGGACUACUUUGAUUUUGGGAAAGAAUAUACUUUCUCAUACAAAGUUUGCAGAAAUACACAAAAUAUUUGUGUACCAGAGGGUGCCCUCUUGCCAUACUGAAAACAAACAUAACUAAAACUAACUAGUUUGCAUAUAGCACAUGCUGUAUUGUAGUUGGAUCACAAUGAUGGAAGAACUUGAAGCCUUAUCCAAGGCCUUAAAGUAUCUGUCUACAGAAAAUCCUUGCAACUAGAAGCAAGCAAGACGGACAGGCAGACAAGGCAGGCAGGCGGACACAGAAUUUGAAGUUCAAUUCCAUCUGUUCAAUCUAGUGUAUGUAUGGAUAUGGGGGGGGGGAGAGUAACAGUUGGGUAAAACUACUACUCCUGAUUCCAUGCAUCAUUUGCAAAACAGAUUGACCCCAUCUUGUAUUUUAGUAAAAAUAGAGACAUGACUUGAAGUGGAUGGGGCUAGGAAAUUUCUUACAGCUUCAAAUAAUGAAUUUAUAGAAAACAUACUGACUGGGUUCACACAUCACAACAAGUAACCCUGAAUGGUUACCGUGGUUAAUCUCGAUAAGCUUGACAGACAAUCAAGCUCUUCCCUUUCACCAUUUCCUUUCUUCUCUGUCCUCCAGGCAGUAUCCCAGGAGGCACUCCUGGAAGGAAUGAGUGUCCUCUCUCUGACAGCAUUGCUCAUGAGCCCAAGCAUUCACAUGGCUGUCAGGCAAUCUCUUGCACAACCAGGGCUCAUGAUCUGAAGCACAAUAGAGAGACAAGGGAGCUGAUCAGGGACCUUUACCUGCAACUCCAGAGGAGACUGCUAGAUGCCUGGGAUGCCUGAUCAACAUUCAGGCAAAAGGGAUGGGGGGAAAAUCUGCCAGUUCUUCCGUUGGAACCAGUUGUGUUUUCUGGGUUCAGAUGGCAUAAUAAGGCAGAAUGAUACCGAGAAACCGUAUUUCUGUUCAUGGUUUAUGAAAACUAAAUGCACCACGGCUGAAAGUUCUUCAUUAAAAAUUGGGAAUAAUGUUUGAAAGAUAAAUUUAGAAUGCCAUUUGAAGUAAUGGAGUACUGGCAGUGCUUGAUAAUGCUAUUUAAUUAAUGCAUCAUUGAUUUUUCCCAGUUAGUAAUUAUGCUUCAUGCUUCUUUUAAAACCUAAUCCUUUUGGGCAAAAAGUUUAAAACUGGUAUUACUUAUUAGCCAAUAUAAUUGCACUGCCAAACCAUAUGGAAGAAGCUGAAAUUAUGUUGUGAUUUUUGACUGGUUUGUUUGUUUUUUCAGUACAGAUUUGCUUCCUAAUGAAGAUUUAGCAUACAGAUUGGAGAAUAUGCAUGUUGUCCCCCCCGCUUGCCUUUCUUUUUUGAUCAUGGUUAUUUAAAAAAAUAUCUUACCCAAAAAGCUUUAGUCAGUUAUCAGCUUUUCUAUUUUUAAUUGGUUGUGGAAACUCAUGUUCCCUGAUCUCCAAAGCUUUAUUAAGAAUGACCAAAGAAAAUACUUGAAAGAUUUCCUGCUACACCCACAUGCAUGUUUUAGUGUCCUUUUCAUUUCGAGUAAUAAGACAUGCAAAUUUGUUCUAUUAUGUUUUGAUAUGGGUAAAACUCACCAUCACUUGAACAGACUUCUACUCACAUGGAAGGAACUUUUCCAUCUUCUCCUCUCCACUGCCUUCACCCCCAAAAUCUAUCUGCCAGACUUUUGGAAGAAAUGUAGAGGGUGCAUGGUGGGUUGGAGGGAAGGGGAAAUCACUUUCAUUUUCCACUGCUGUAAGCCAGUCCAGUGGCAGCAAAGUUAAUUGAUUACACAGGCCUAUGUUGAUGCAGAAGUUUAUCUGUUCAGUUGAAUGGGACUUUUCAAUAAUUGCGUUUAGGAUUAUGGCCCUAUUAUUAGGUUAUUAUCAAGAUGUUGAAAAUAGGUUAGUAAUAGUACAGGGAUGUGUUUUAACUACUUGAGAAGUUUUGAAUAUGUCAUUUGUCAAAAGUUCAUCUGCAAAGCACUCCUGGAAUAAAGCAAAGAUGCAAAAUCAAGUUUAAGGAAAUCCUCUAAUGCACUCAAUCCUUAAAUCAUCUAUUCUUAAAAAAGAGUUGUACCAAGGAGAAAUGUACCAUCCGUUGAUUGUGCAACUAUGAGCUAUCAGGCAUCUCUGGUCAUAAAAAUAGUAAAGAAAGCAAAAGUAGGCAUAUUGCCUAUAGGAACAGUUCUAAAAUCCAUGUCAAUGCAAUAGCUUUUCUAAAUUAACCAAAAACUCACAAAUAUUGUGCAAGUAAAUAUGUUACAGUAAUGCACUAGGAUUUAUACCAGUUCUCCUGGAGGAGCAUGCUGGAUGAGGAUGAUGGGAAUUAUAUUCCAACACACCCAGAAGGCACCAGAGUAGACACAGCUGCAUGGGGGAUUAGACCUGGGCAGGCUUUGAGGUGCCAAUUUUAAAUAUGUAAAGCCCUUGGAAAUCCACAAAAGUUUUAUCUAAAAAUAAACAACUGUCCUCUCUAUGCAUAUCUAUCUAACCAUUGUGACCUAAAAGAAAAAAUGAACCCGUUCUCACAUUUUCCUAAAGCUUCCAUUCUUACCAAAAGGCUCUCUGUAAAUCUUCCCUAAAAACUUUGGAUUCUUCAUGCUUCCUUUAACAUCAUUUCCACUCAUAUAUUCCUUCACAGUAUUUAACAGAAACCUAUUUAAAUGAAUUCAAGGUUUCCCAUUAACCAUAUAUAUUGGAAGUGCAAAUGGUAAAGCACAUACAGUAUGUGCAUGCAACUGUGAUGCCCCUUCAUGCUAGAAUUUCAGCAAAGUUUGAAUCGGGGCGUUUUCUGAAAAAUGGAGCCUCUGCCUGAAGGCUGACAGCAGACUUCCCCAACCUGGCAGCCUCAGAUGUGUUAGAAUACUAUCCCCACCAUCCACUGGCAGCAUUUGGAGGCUGCCAGGUUGGAGAGGUCUGGUUUACAGCUUGGAUUAAGCAAGCAUGAGAACCUUUUGGAAACAAGAGUAUAGUGUUUUCAAAUCAUGCACUUUUGUAAACCAUCCAGAGAGCUUUGGUUAUAGGAGGUGCAGAAAUGCAACAAAAUUGUUGUUUUAAAAAUCACUGUUGAUUUUAUUUUGUCAGUCUUAUUUUACUUAUUCAAAACCCCUUUCUAUCUAAAUGUGCAUAGAAUUGCACCCUAAAUGAAUAAAAAUCUGCAGAAAUGGAGGAAAGUUCCUGCUGUGCCUGAAAAUCAGACCCAUCAUCAGCUAAGGUUAGAAAUAACAUUUCUUUCCUCUGCAUGUCCAUCUCAAAUACGUUAGUUUGGAAAGCUACAAGGCUAGGAUAUCAGAUCUUUUUUUCUUUUCCAAAGGCAUUUUCAUUUGUAAAACUUUGCCUUCUCCUUGGCAGCAUUGGAGAGGAAUGUUGGAUUUAAUUUAAAAUGAUUAAUGAGAUUUUGUCAGACUCCUGCCCUCUACCGCCACUGCAGUAUGUCAGCACAACAACCUGGGAAACUCGGACGCCACUCUGUCGCCCCAAACAGCUUUCCAGGAAAAAAUAAAGCCGAAUAGCCAGCACCAGGUACUUGUCAAUGGUAUUGUCUUUUGCCUGCUGACAGUUAAAUGCUAGGUUAAGAUAUUUGCAUGUUCAGAACAGGGAAACCUACAUUAGUUACUUAAGCAGAUCUUUAUUUAACUCUGGAGAUCAAUAUGCAAUAACAGUCUAUAUGAUGGUAGAAUUAAAUUACAUCUAAUUCACUUUCCCUCCCUCAAGCAAACUUAUGAAAGCUUAUGUUGUAUGUUGGAAUAAAUACGACUCUGCUCACAGAAGUUGAUAAAUUAAAAGACAGAGGCAUAGAACCUCUUGUUGGGGCACAUUUCAUACAGAUUUUCUGCAAGUGAACUGUGAAUGUGUGAUUUUUACCUUAGGAAUAUGUGAUUUUUAUCUGCAGUAUGAAUCUGAGUCUUAGACCUUGCAGAUGGUCUCUUAUACAGCAUCAUACUGAGUGUGAUGCCCUGAUCAACAGGACUGUGGAAGCAGUGGAAAAUACUACAGACAAAAGCCUUAGGCUUUCUCAGAUUAAGCCCCACUGAACUCAACUGGACUUUUGAGUAGAAAUACAUAGGAUGUCAUCAACAAAGUGGCUGUCUACAUACAUAUUAUUUAACAAUGUGUUUAAAAUAGUUGCAGGAGGACAUUUAGAAUUUUCAGUUUUCAGUUCAAAAAGAGUUGUAUCUUUAAGAGCUUUUAUUUGCUGAUAAAUAAGCAGCUACAUUUGUGUCCAAUUAUUCAGUAAGAAUUCACCCUGCACCUGGCUUACACAACCCACUCAUUCAGUCCAAGUGAGGGAGGAUCUAAAAUACAAAGGAAAGGAUUUUAUUGCAACAUUCAGUUGCAUUUCAGUUAAAAUAUGUGUAAGCAUUAAAUAAUGUAAACCAUAUUUCCCUACUUGUAUUUAUGAUGCUGGUACUUUUUGAUGAGGAUAGGUUUUAACCAUUACUUAUACAAUCUACUGUCUGUGUUACUGUGCAAACUCAGUUCUCUAGUUAGCAACUUCAGUGUUUGCAGUUGGAAUCCAAGCACAUACACAGCAAAGUCCAUUGGAUUUUUCAUUUUUGAAAUUGUGUGUGGCUACAGCAAUGCUGUUAUCUAUAGAAAAUCCACUUCCUCUGCAUAAUACACCCUAGAUAAUUUUUGAGCUUUCACCACCACAGUAAGGUCAUUGUGAUGAUGCUUACAUGCAAUAUUUCACCUAUAGCCUAUAGGUGCUUCUAGAUCAGAAUCUAAAGCUUCUUGAUCAGAAUCCUGCCCCGAGUAAAGAAUAUAUAAUAAAGGUCCCCAUUUGAUUAUUUCAUCCUGACACUCACAAGAGCCUGGUGUUGCAGGACCUCCUGGGUUACAUUAAAUUACCCUCAUCCAAUUUGAAACAGCCUUCUUCUAUAAUGGUAACUAGAGCUGCACAAAUGCCACUGGAACAAAAAAAUACUGUGUGUUCCUUUUUUCAACAGUAAUAUUGAUGAAUAUAUGUGCAAAUUACUCUGAGCUGAAAAGAGACAUAACUAUAGAAACAGCAAAUUUGAUGCCUAAGCUAAAUCCAUGUUCAAACACAAAUGCAAUCACUGGCCUCAGGCAACACUCUCUGGAUGCAUUUUUGUUGCCUUUCAUCUGCAGUUUGUUCCCACUGUUCAAGGACUAAUCUUCAUGUCCUUUUUGUUUGCUUGUUUCUGUGUUCGGUAAUAUAAAUACAUUAAAGCACCAGUUCUUGCUCUCCCCACAACACACAUGCCUGUCGAUAUAGCUUGAAUUUGUGCUAGGGUGGCCAUUUACACAGGACACCCCUCUGCAUGAAGGAAUCCUCUGUCUGAAGGGCUAUUCUAAUCUUCCAAUUUAAAGGUUGCUACCCUUUGUCAGCACCUGAACAGCAGAGUGAACAGGCAGGCACGCAUGUCACCUGGUCUCAGGUUUCCACACUAUUAUGAGGUGUACUCUAAAUUAUAAUAGCUCUUUCUAAAUUACUCCAACCUUUAACAUGUGCAGUUUUAUGCAAAUGAUCCCCUUUUAAUGAUGCAUUUGCUCUUUUUUGGUUAUUCAGAAUUUCCCCACCUGUGCAAUCAAAUUGUCAUACACAUACCAUCACAUUUUUAUGUAAUGAAAAAUGAAGAGAAAGACCUAGGAAAUAAUGGAGGGACAGUGAUGAAUGAAAUCCUUCUAAAUUUAACCAAGUAUGGUAGAGUGAGGAAUUAUUUUUUUCUUCUUCUGCUGUGUUGACAAUCCUGAACAUGCUGCAACUUGCAUUAGGAAUAAAACUUGCAUUCAGGCUAUAGAAAGGUGUGUUGUUCCCUGCCCCCAACAUGCAAUCUAUGGGUUUGGUACCAUGAGGGGGGUGAAUAAGCUGCCCUCGUGUUGUAAGUCGUGUUGUAAGCCGCCCCGAGGUUUCAGCAAGGGGCGGCAUAGAAAUGUUAUAAUAAUAAUAAUAAUAAUAAUAAUAAUAAUAAUAAUAAUAAUAAUAAUAGUAGUGGAACUCCAACCUGUUGUCCCUCUCCUGCUUUAGUCCCAGUCAGGCCAACACUAACAAUUUGCUGGAGUUCCAUGUUGACUGGGAGGAAGAGAAGCCCGACCUUCUGUUUAAGGGGGCAAGGUGAGGAGAAGAGGCCCUGGGUCCCAGAUGGAAUCCUUUGAGGGUCACACACAGCCUGCAGCCUAGAGGUUCCCCCAUACCUGUGAUAAGAUAAAUCAAUGGGUGCAACACGUUUGGCAACAGCAAAUGGAUGUGAGAGCAUGCAUUCCUAGGGAAGAAAAUUCAAGCCAGGCAGAUUGCAAGUGUGCCCAUCUGUCAUUAUGUUUGGAGCUUUUUCCUUCCACCUUUCAUUUUUCACCUCUACUGUCCUUAUGAAAAUAAACUAUUUUCAUGACUACCAAGUUGCUGUGUUCCUUCCAACUUCCUCCCUGAAGCUGUACUAACCUCCAGCUGGCUGUGUUUCAGGCUUUGAAGGUACUGGAUCUUAAAAGCAAAUAUAUACAUUUUUAAUAUGAGCAAGCACUAUAUUUGGUUUGACUUGUGAAACAAUGCUUUCUUUAGAGCAGCAUUAAAUGUGUAUUUCUGAU